CCCAUAUAAAUAUUAAGCUUCAGAUCAAAAUGCAUCCUACAGUCAAAAAUGUUUUGUAAAAUCAUGAUGGUAUCUAAUGACUAGAUAUUCAAGAUUCACAGUAAACUAUCAUCUGCUUCUGAGAGACAAUUGGUCAGAGACAACCAUUAUUCACCAAAGAGCAGGUCUGCAAUGAAUUAGAAGCUGCUAGAAUACAGCUGUUAGUGUGUGAAACAUAAAUUGAGCCAUAUUACCACAAUGAUCAGAAAUAUGUUUGGAGGAGGCAAGGUAAAGCCUUUAACCCCAAGAACACCAAACAUACCCUCAAGCCUGGUGGUGGUAGUAUUAUGCUCUGGGGCUCUAUGUUUCUGCUGCCAGUGGAGCUGGUGUUUGACACAGAAUAAAUGGAAUAACAAAGAAGUGAGAUGACCUUCACAUUCUUCAGUAAAACCUAAAAUCAUCAGCCAGAAGGUUGAGUCUUGGUUGCAGUUGGUUGUUCAGAUAAGUCAAUGGCCCCAAACACACAUCAGUAGUGGAAAAGGGAUUAAUAGAUCAGGCUGGAAUUAACAAUAUAGACUGGUCUCCCCACAGUCCUGAUUUAAAACCCAUCAUGAACCUUUAGCCUGUGCUGAAGACACAAGUCUGCCUCAGAAAGUCAACAAAAUUAGGUAAACUGCACCAAUUCUGUCAAGAGGAGGGUCAAAGAUAAAACCAGUAGUUUUCUGAAAGCUUGUGGAUGGCUGUCAAGAGUGCCAAGUUGAGGUGAAAAUGAUCAAAGAUGCUUAACCAAAUUUAUCAUUGUUCUAUGUACAUUUUUGACCAAGCAGAUUCCUUCAUAGUUCCAGAAAAUCCAUAACCAAAAUGCAUGAUUUUUCUUGUGACUAAGAUGCAUGUCUUUCAACGAAAAAGUCUGGUGUACUGCUCAGAUGUGCUACCGCUCUGACAUGCAACUGUGCUAUGAUGUUGUAAAGGAAAUGAAUUAAACGUUGUACUCACGGUUCAGGAUGACCUGACCAAAGUGGAAAGGAUCUCUACUGCAGGCCCUCGGUUGUUGGCUGGCCAGCGGGACUAGCGGAUCAGCUUCAGAGGCUAGCUCUGAGCGACUGUCUUCGCAGAAAACACAGGGUCUCAGCAGCCAAUCCAGUGUCCUUAAUCCAAGAUCAGGGGUCGAUAAAUCCAGCAAACGGUCAAAAGCCAAGCACCGAAACACACAGAAACACAAAAACACAACGCGUCAACUGUUCAGACUUCUUGAACCGCUGGUAAUCCACUUGUGUGGAUUUCCAGCUGCCUUUUGUUUCUUCACCUGUACAACUAAGUUUAUUUAUUAAGUCUGUUCCUUUCCACAACCUGCCUGCUGUGCUCAAAAAUGCAAGAAAAAGCAACCUGAAUACAUAAAUUCUAAAUUUUGAACCCACUUCUUUUUGCGAAGCUAAAAUUUUGGUUUCAUUAAAUAUAGGCCGACUGAAGUUCUGAGGGGUUCAGGUGAAAACAAUUCCAAAAAACAAACAAAAAACUACAAAUGUAAGUAGGACUUACAAUGACAUACUACUGAUUUAUUAUCCAAAUGUGGAAAAUCCUAGGUGGAGGUCCAUUUCCUGCUGUGUUGGAUCUGAGCAGCAGUGGAUUAGACAGUAGUACAUGUCUGCUGGCCAACAAAGGGUUUGUGGUCCUCUCAAUACCCGUGUAUCAGGACAACCCUGCCAAAGUCAAAGGAAUACAUCUGGACUAUUUUGAAGAAGCAAUCGAUUUCUUAAAACGACAUUCUAAGGUGGGCAGUAAAGGAAUUGGUGUAAUAUCAAGAUCAAAGGGAGGAGAUAUUGCACUUUCACUUGCUGCUUUUGUGCCAGGUGUUGAAGCUGUAGUGUGCAUCAAUGGCUGCAACGCCAAUACAGCUUUUCCUCUCUACUACAAGAAACGUCUGAUACUUCCGCCAUUAUCGUUUGACUUCAAGAAGCUCAUUCCCACUGAGUCAGGGGCUGUCAUUGGCAUGCAUGUUCUUGAUAAUCCCAUGGCAGAAGAGAACAAAGACACCCUGAUCCCCAUUGAACGAGCCAAAGGACAGUUCCUCUUUGUGGCCUCAGAGGACGACCUCAACUGGGACAGCAAGACAUACAUGGACCAGAUGGUGGAGAGACUGAAGCGUCAUGGGAAGGACAACUUUGAGAGUGUGUGUUACCCUGGAGCUGGACACGUCAUGGAGACACCCUAUGGACCCUACUGCCCCUCCAGCUUCCAUACAGUUGCACGUAGGCCAGCUAUGUGGGGGGGUGAGGCCAGGUCCCACGCAGCAGCUGAGGUCCACUUGUGGAAAAAGAUCCAGGAGUUCUCCAGAACUCACCUGAGCUGUGAGGCUGCACAGUAAGAAACCAAAAAAACAAACAAGUUAUCAAUACAAAUCAGCUGACCAAAUAAUCCUGUCCUGUUCGAAUAGCUCAUCAACUAAAUAGAGCAUUUUUAAAAAUUCUCUUUAUAACUCUUUGAGGUCAACAACUAAGUAUAACACUGUUCUCUUCAUGUGCAAUCACACCAUGUUAACACUAGUUUUUUCUCUCCAUAUGUUUUUGACUGCUGUAACAGAAAUGAUUUUCCACUGAUAUUCCAUACAAAUUUAGGUUCAAUUGGGUACAUUAUCCUACAUGCAUUAUCUAUACAUAUCCUAAUGUACAUCCAUUAUGGUUCAUCUGUGCAUGCGAAAGAUGUACAUAGGCUUUCAUUAUAUCCUUUUUUUAGCCUUAUUGUACUUUUGUGUUUCUUGUUUUGCAUCUUCCAUGCCUCAUUUUGCUGCUGUAAUAUAUCUUAUUUCAU